CCGGAUCAAGAUGGCGCUGCGACCAGGCGGUGGCGGUGGUAGCAGCAGUGGCACUGGCGGCAAUGGCAGCGGCUUCAUGUUCCCAGUGUCAGGGGGAUUAGUUCCUCCCCAAGGAAUGAUGUCAAUACAACAGCAGCAGCAAUCACAGGGAUUUCCUAUGGUACCUGUGAUGCAGCCCAACAUACAAGGCAUGAUGGGAAUGAAUUUUGGUUCACAGAUGCCUCCAGGCGCAAUACCCAUGCAGAGUGGAAUGGCAAUGGGACCAAUGCCGCCAGCUGGAAUGACAUUUAUGCCGCAGCAUCAUUACAUGGGGAUGCGUCCUUCUCCUCCACAAUACACACCAGAUAUGCAAAAGCAGUUUGCUGAAGAGCAGCAGAAACGGUUUGAACAACAGCAAAGGAUGAUGGAAGAGGAGCGAAAGCGACGACAGUUUGAAGAACAGAAACAAAAGUUGCGUCUUCUGAGCAGUGUAAAGCCGAAGCUUGGGGAAAAGAACCGGGAUGAUGCCUUGGAAGCCAUUAAAGGAAAUCUUGCUGGAUUCACAAGGGAUGCAAAGUUGCACCCAGGCCCUACUUCACUUCCUAAUAAAUCAGAUGCUCCCCAGUCAUCCCUAUCAGCUGUCCCUCCUUCCCAAUCCCCUGCCUUUCCUGAUGAUGAAGAAUUCAGUGACUUUAUUCAAGGGCCUGAAUCUGCCGCACCUGCGGCUCCCACCAGUUUCCAGUCCUUCCAACCCUUCCACCCCACAUUACAGUCUGGGCUGCAGUCUGAGCAGGCUGCAGUUCCAGCGCAGCCUGUUACUUCAGCCCAUCCCUCAGCUGCAGUUUCAUUGUAUGCUACAGCAGGGCAUUCAGCAAAAAACAGCCAAGGCCCUUCAUUGGAGGAGAAAAUGUUUGCUUCCUGUGAUCUCAGCAUGCCUAAGCAGGCAAAUGUUAAAUUUAACCAGUCUCAACCCUUGGCUGACAUUGGGUCUAAAGCCUCAGUCUCAACUCAGUUUCAGCCCAGUGCCAAGGCCUGUAACUGGGCCAUCCAAACUGAGAACCUCGCUGGUGUAUUCACAACAGACAGGCCAAAGGAUCCCGAACCAGAGACAGCUGCCAAAGAGAGUGGAGUAGGAGUGUACCCUACCCAGGAAACAAUUCAGCCAAUGUUACCACCUUGGCUUUUCAAUGACAAUCUUGUCCCAGAACUCUACAAGAAAGUUCUAGAAGCUACUCUUACCCCAGCGGGCAUUGAUACAGCAAAGCUUUACCCAAUUCUUCUCUCGUCUGGAUUGCCAAGGGAGAUGCUGGGUCAGAUAUGGGCUUUUGCCAAUCGCGCCACACCAGGCAAACUUACGAAAGAGGAGCUGUACACUGUAUUGGCUAUGAUAGCUAUGUCGCAGAGAGGCAUACCUGCACUGAAUCUUGAAAAUCUCAACCAGUUUCCAUCUGCUCCAAUUCCUACGUUAAGUGGGACUGCAUUGACUUUGCCUCCUUCAGUGCCACAACAACCUAUGAUGUCAGUGCCAGCUGGUGGAAAUGUAUCUAUGUCUGUUCAUCCAGGCCAGUCUGCGGUCGGAAUGAAUCUUCCUGUACCAGUAGGUGGCAGUACGACUCAAGUUUCCAGUGGCUUUGUGACUUCUUUCCCUGGCAGCCAGCCUGCAAAAUCUGACGAUGAUGAUUUCCAGGAGUUUCAGGAGGCUCCCAAGCCUAACACAGUUGAUGACUCAUUCAAGGGAUUCAAGAACGAAAUCUCUGGAAGUUUAUCAAAAACUGCAACCUCACAGAGCACAAUCAGCACACAUACAUUACUGACUCCAAUUUCAGGAACUUCUGCACCUUCUUCAGUGGACAAAUAUGCUGUCUUUAAGGACUUGACAGAAGACAAGCCUGCAGAAAGUUCUUCAUUUUCAGAUUUUGGUGACAAAUAUAGUGUUUUUCGUGAACUUGGCCCGAGCGCAGAGAAUAAAUCCUCAGGGGAGGGCUUUGCAGAAUUCAAAUCACCAGGAAAUGAUGAUGGAUUCACAGACUUCAAAACUGCAGACAGCAUUUCACCAGUAGAUUCAUCAGAGCAAGCAAAGACGUUCUCAACGACAUUUCCUUCGGUGCCAUAUCUUCAACCUCAACUGCAACCAGUAACACAGCCUAAAGACUCUUUCAAUCUCACGGACCUUUUUACCUCUGUCAGUAAUACUGGAGAGAGCAGUUCUAUGUCAUUUCCACCAGUUUUUGUGACAUCAUCCAUUUCCUCAUCUGUAUGUGUUACAUCUUCAUUGUCAUCACUAUCAUCUGGUACUUUUUCCACAGCCAGUAGCAAAACUGCUGGUGGAACUGAUGACUUUGGGGACUUCAGUCUUUUUGGUGUAGCAGCCAGCAGUACUUCAGGUGGGGGAUGGGGUCAGGAUGAAUUUGCAGAUUUUAUAGCUUUUGGCAGCUCCAACACCACUGGAUCCUCUGAACAAAAGUCAAAUGAUAAAUAUAGUGUUUUCAGGCAGGAGAAGAAUGAUGGCUUCACAGCAUCUUUUGAUGCCUCACUUGGCACAGCAGAAGGUGGACAACAACCUUCAACCACUGCUGUAGACAAAUAUGAUGUCUUUAAACAGAUACCUGAGGAAGGGUCCAUAAUGGGCUUUGAGGAACAAAAAGACAAUUCCUCCCUUUCCCAAGAAAAGAAUGAGGAUGACUUCCCAGUUACCAAGCUGUCCCUUGCAUUCAGCACCUCGGACAAGGCUUUCGUAGAUAAACUCUCUGCUUUUAAACAGGCAAAAGAAGACUCUGCCUCAGUGAAAUCUUUGGACCUUCCUUCAAUUGGUGGGAGUAGUAUUGGUAAAGAGGACUCAGAAGAUGCCUUAUCCGGUCAGUUUGACAUGAAGUCGGCUGAGGUUGGUGGUGAUUUGAAGCAUGUGUUGUCUGACAGCUCGCUGGAUUUACCACCUGUCAUUGGUCAGCCGCCUCCAGUUACAGAUAUGGAUGACUUUAAAUUUGACCCCUUUGGUAACUUCAGUAAUGGUUCAGCAGUGAGCAGUUUAACGAGUUACGAUUGGUCUGAGAAAGAUGAUUUUGGCACCCAGAUGAAGAAGCAGCCGCCGUUCUUCCUCAACACAGAAGGCAGCUCCUUAUCCUCUACCUCAAUGCUUCAGAAGAAAGAGACCUCUUUUGGCAGCUCCGAGAACAUCACUAUGACAACUGUCUCCACGGUAACAACAUUCUCAGCUGAUGAUACAAGUUCACAGUACAACUUUGAUGCUUUUGGAGACCUCAAAGAAUCUGCAGAACAGACUAAAGAGAAAAAAGGAGGUGGCAGCGAUUUGGGAGACUUUGCAGUUACUUCAUCCAGAGAGGGACAGAUAGCUAAGCCUAAUGAAUCAAACCUGGAUGAACCUGAGCAAAAGGCUGCAGUUUCAGUCACAAAUGGGGUAUCUUCUGAGGGGACAAAAAUUGAAGCUUUUGAUGAAUUUGGAGAAUUCCAAAGUGAAAAGCCCAAAAUUAGUAAAUUUGAUUUUCUUAUGGCUAGUUCCCAGGGAAAGAUGAAAUCCAGUGAGGAGAUGAUCAAGAGUGAGAUGGAAACCUUUGAUCUUUCAGUGCAAGGAUCUCAUAAAAGGAGUCUAAGUCUUGGGGAUAAAGAAGUAAUCCAUGUUCCAGCUUCAGAGCAGCCGUUCAGAGAUAGAUCAAAUACUCUAAAUGAAAAGCCAGCACCACUGCCUGUCAUCAGGGACAAGUAUAAGGACUUAACUGGAGAAGUGGAGGAGAAUGAGCGCUAUGCUUAUGAAUGGCAAAGAUGUUUAGAAAGUGCAUUACAGGUCAUGAGGAAGGCUAGUGAUACCUUGAAUGGAAUCAGCAGUUCAACCGUGUGUAAUGAAGUUAUCCAGUCAACACAAGGCAUGGAAUAUCUCUUGGGGGUGAUAGAGGUGUAUAGAGUAACCAAACGUGUUGAGAUUGGAAUUAAAGCAACAGCAGUAUGCAAUGAGAAGCUCCAGCAGCUGAUGAAAGAAAUAGAGAAGAUCUGGAGUAGCUUGAUGAUAUUCAUGUCUCUCACACCCCUCACGCCUGAUGAGAACUCGCUGGAUUUCUCCUCCUGUAUUCUACGUCCUGGGAUUAAAAAUGCAAAAGAUCUAGCUUGUGGAGUGUGUCUGCUUAAUGUUGAUUCUAGAAGCAAGGAGGAAGAAAACUUGGAGGAUCAUCCUAAACAAGCCUUCAACUCUGAGAGUGACAAUUUUAAGUUGUCUUAUGGUGGUCAUCAGUAUCAUGCCAGCUGUGCCAAUUUCUGGAUUAAUUGUGUGGAGCCUAAACCACCAGGUCUCAUCCUACCAGACCUGCUCUGACCUAUCUUCAUAGGAAUUGAAGGAUAUCAAAUUUAACUUUCUAUUGCUUGCACUUCACUGACAUUUCACAAAGAUUGGAGGAUGUAGCCCAUAACAAAAAUCAACUUGCAACUUUUAUUUUUUUAAAGUAUAUUUAAUAUGCACCAAAGUUGUUUUGAAGUUAUUUACACAAGUUACUAUCUUAAAAAAGCUACAUGAUUGCUGAAAGGUUCUCCUUCCAAAAAAUACGCAGCAGCACUUCAGAUUCAAAUGGACCUAAUGCUUAUCUGUCUGUCCCUAGCGACUUGAAGUCAUGGGUAAAAUUGGUUUAAAUGUUACAGGAUUUUAAAGAAGCAGCCUUACUGGGAAGAAUUAACCUCACUGAUUUUUUAAUUCUGUGAAAGGAUACUAAAUGUCUUUAUUUUAAAUAAUCUAAUUGUCUGAUAGUUAAAUAAGUAAUGUCUUACUUCACAUCAUUCAGAUGUCCUUAACUUUCAGUAGCUCUUAGCAACAAUUGAAUUAACUGGAUGAUGGAGGUUAAGUGCUUCCUAAAUUAAGGAGGCAAGGAGAGGCACGAAAUAUAUAAUGCACAGGUGGGCAUAGAAUUGCACUAAUGUCAGAACCUCAUAUGGAUUAGUUUCCUUGCUUUCCUUGAAUUCUGGCAGAAUGGAGGUGAAAACUUAAAAACAAUUUACAGAACACAUCCAGCAGAGUGGAACCAGCAGGUUAUUGUACAUAAUCUGUCACCUGAUGGGACCAAUGAUCUUCAUAAUGUGAAAGCUCUUAGAAUCUGACCAAUCUAGUUAAUCGCUGUGUGAAUUUUUAAAAUCUCCCUAAUUGAUCACAUAGAGCAAGAUCUUGUAAAUUGCAUUUGUUUUAUUUUCUAAUAUAUAUGUUUGUCUAGGGUGUCAAAUGCAACCACAGUUCAGCUUGUUUCAUUCAAACACUGAGCUAAAUUUGAAGCAAUGAGUUAUCAAAGUCACUGAUAUUCUGUGGGGGUAACUUUGUUAAUGGCUUUUGGUAGGAACUGGAUCAGAUGUGACCGGCCGCAUUUUAUACAUUUCUCCUGAUGAGACAUCGCUAGCACACAGCCAAAUUGAUAUUGUCUGUUUUACACCAUCACUCACGACCAAAAGUUUUUCAUGCACAGGCUUUUUUAUGAAUAUAUCACCGAAGUAAAUUGCCGAAGUACAGCACUAAAAUUGUAUUUGGGAAAGCACUGAGGCAGUGUUGUCCUUUUUGUAGGUUUCUCUUGGUUGCAGUUUAAUGUUUAUCUAGAUCGCAUGCAGUUAAGAUAUCAUACUGAAAAACCCCAGUUUCCUUGGGAAAAAUUCAGUGUUCUUGUGCAAUGUACAAAUUGAUUUGAAUUUUUGUUAGGUACAGUUCAGUACUGCUUGGUUAACCAUUUAUAUUUAUUUAUAUAUCUCCAUGUACAAUAUCAUUAAAACUAUGCUUUUUUUUCCUUCCCCUUUUAGAAUAGAUUUUACACUUGUCAUUUAUGUUUGUUCAGUGAUCAGCUAGCAAAGAGCAUGCUCAUAAUGGUGCAGUUUAUGAUACACCUUAUUAAAAUGUGGACUGCAUUAGUCAAGUGUUCCACUACCUCUGAAAAUGCUGCAUUGGUUUUGAUCGCUGGUAUAUUUAAUGGGAUAGUGCCAUUCAAUAGAAUUUGGUGUGUUUCAUUGUGCUUGCUGAGGGGCGCUGCAUGGUUAGAUUCUUCUCCUUGAAUGACCAUUACAAGCUUAAAUACUUGCAGCCGAACUUCGGUUUUAUAAUAAAAUGUCUACUCCACAAAACAGUUUGAAUUUUCUAAAUUUGCUGCUGAAAUCACAGAAAUAGAGUACAUUGAACUUUAGUCAGAACUGAGCCAGGUGCAGUGAAAAUAAUAUUGAUCACUGUACAAUAAAUUCUUUGAAGGUUGCAAAACAUUGCUCUUCAUGAUCAUGUUAUUUUAAUGUUUCAAGGGCUCACCUCUGAUUUUGGAGAUUGAAACCUUUGCUAAUGUGAAGGAAUGAAUAUGUGUAGAAUAUUUGAGAUGAACUUCACUGUUAUGAAUGUUAAAUGGACAGUUUGGAAGAAGAAACUCCAGGCAGUAUUUGCAUUAUCUGCAUGGUCUUUUAAAUGUUUUGACUCCAUUUUCUAGUCUAUAGUGUUUAAAUGAAGUACAGAAGCAAACUCGGUGCUUUCCGUGAGUUGGUUUUAAUUAACCCUCUGUGUGAGGAUUUGGGGUGGGGGAUGAUGCAUCUUUUGAUUUAUUAUAUAUGCAAGGUGAGCAGUCUUAACUGUAAUUGCAUUUUAAUAUCAAUUUUAUCCGUGUUAACAUGCUGUGACAAUUGUUUUCCAAGUGGUAUUUGUAAUCAUGGGGUGGGCGGGGAAGGGAGGGGGAGCGGUUUCUAGACUGGCUUUGCCUUGAAUGAAUUUUGUGUUUUAUUUGACUGUCAUUUUGCUGAUUACUGAUACUGGCGUACAACACUUUAUACUCAUUCAACGUGAGAAAUAAUAGCGUGAUUGAAAGUUUUAAAUGCAUCACCAGUCGCAAUAUUGUAUUGCACCUUAAACCCUGCGGUUCGAGUUUUUGCAGGUGAAAUGUAUGUGUCACAUAUUGGCGGCUACUUUUCGCAUGCAUUUCUAAUAAUGGAAAUUGUUUUGGCAUGCUUUCUAAAUUAUAAUUGUAAAUAAAGAAUGUAGGAUGAAAGUUUGUUUAUAAUCAUGUUAAUUAUCAAAGAUCUUUGACAAUGGACUUUUUAAAAAAUUAGUUAAGGUAAUGACUGGAACAGUCUUUCAUUGGCAAUUUAGUCUAAUUGGAUGGCAUUUCUCAGCACCAGAUUUAACAUCAGAUUGGGUUCCUUCUCAUUGCCAAGAACUCGUGUCCUAGGUUACUGUAUCCAAGGUGAUGUUUCUGUUGCUGUGGAAACCUUGUGCAUUGUUACAGAAUGUGCAGCAGGUUUCAUCCAUUUGUGGAAACAUUAAUGCUUCCUAUGUUUGGAGUUUCAAACAUUUUGGUUGAAAUUAUGCUUCAGUAAAUUAAUUGGAAAAUCUCAAUUGUCCCCAUCAAGGAUGGAACCAAACACAAACUGUAUACACUGAAAACUUUCACAACAGCACUUCAAAAAUCCAAACCCACAUCUUUGAAAAUUUAGUGUUCCCUUUUUACUGAAGGUUUAGAUCCAUAAGUCAAAUCUGAGCAAAAGCUAUUAAUUCUUUUAUGAACCCUUGUCUUUCACAAAAUUUUGAC